UCAGUCAUUCUCCUUAAAUUCCUUCACACCAAAACCACCUUGUUCAUUUAUCACUUAUUUAUUAAUUGAACGCUAUUAAUAAAGUACACACACCGCAAAUCUCAAACUGCAAGUGCAACAUAGUUAUGUUCAGGUUUUGUGCUAAUUAAUGCACGCAUUUAGCUUCCUACUUCACUGGACUGGAAGAUGGCAUCAACUACAUUUAUGCUGAAAUGCUUACUCUUCAUAUGGGUAUCUGUGCAUCUAAGCCCAGUAGUAGCAGGAGGCCUAGGCUUGGGUGUGAACUGGGGGACACAGUCAUCCCACAGACUGUCACCUUCCAUUGUUGUCAAUGUUCUGCAGGCGAACAACAUUACCAAAGUGAAGCUAUUUGAUGCAGAUCCCCUAGUCUUAGAAGCUCUCACAGGUACCCACAUAAAUGUCAUGUUGGGUGUGCCAAACCAGAUGCUGAAAACUUUAAGCAAGUCCCGAGCAGCUGCAAGGAGUUGGGUUCAUGAUAAUGUCACCAGAUAUGCCUUCAAGGGUGGUGUUGAUAUCAGGUAUAUUGCUGUGGGAAAUGAACCUUUUCUUGCUAGUUACAAAGGACAGUUUCAGGCAUUUGUCCUCCCUGCAGUGGUCAACAUACAACAGGCCUUGGAAAAGGCAAAUCUCGCGAAUCAAGUAAAAGUCGUGGUUCCCUGUAAUGCUGAUGCCUACCAGUCCAAGGUGCCGUCAAAAGGAAUCUUCAGGCCUGAUUUGAAUAAGACUAUUCAUCAGCUUGUUUCGUUCCUUAGUAGUAAUGGGUCUCCCUUUGUGGUUAAUAUUUAUCCCUUACUAGAUGUUCAUCAGAAUAAGAAUUCUUCAAUACAUCAUCCCUUUUUUGAGAACAGUACUCAUCCAUUUAUUGAUGGGCGGAGAGUUUACCAGAAUGAUUUUGAAAGAAUCCUUGAUUCACUUGAGACAGCCUUGAAACAGAAUGGCUUUGGCCAAAUGCCAAUCAUAAUUGGGGGGAUUGGAUGGCCGACUGAGGGAGCAGCCAAUGCAACUAUUAGCAAUGCAAAGAGAUUCAACAAAGGGCUGAUAAACUAUAUCAAAAGUAACAAGGGCACCCCACUUAGACCAGGAAACCCCCCUGUCGAAACCUAUAUUUAUAGUCUGCUAGAUGAGGACCAAAAGAGCAUUGUAGCUGGAAAUUUUGAAAGGCAUUGGGGCAUAUUCACUUUUGAUGGUCAGGUCAAAUAUGAGGUUGAUUUGGGACAAGGAUCAAAGGAUCUGGCGAGUGCAGAAAAUGUUCAGUAUUUCUCUUCAAGGUGGUGUGUUGCAAAUGACAACCUAGACCUCACCAAUGUUUCAAGCCAUGUUCGACUAGCUUGCUCAACUGCAGAUUGUACGGCCCUUUCUUCUGGAGGUUCAUGCAAUAAAAUUGGAGCACUGGCAAAUAUCUCAUAUGCCUUUAACAGCUACUAUCAAUUACACAAUCAAUCAGGUGACAGCUGUAAUUUUGAUGGACUUGGAAUGAUCACAACUGCAGACCCAUCCAUUGGAGAUUGUCGAUUUUUGGUUGGGAUUAGUGAUUCGUCUGUUUUUACUGUGUACAAUAGUAUAACGCUUUUGAUAGUCCAAAGUAUAGUUCUUCUAUGUACACUGACUUCUCUCAGCAAUAUGUUUUAAUUGCUGUAAAUUACUGGCAUCAAUCCUUCUGAGUUUAUUUACAGUUGGUUCUCCUAUCUAAUCCUUUUUAUUCACUGACAAAAUGUAAGAAUCUGGAUGUUGGGGCUUCUGUAGUUAUUUGGCUAAAGUACCUGAAGUGGUCCAAGGCAGACUGGAGCAUGGAGCUGUUUGCUGAUAUGUUGCAAGCCUUCAGUAAAGUUUAGAUUGUGUCCUUGUAUAAAGUUUGCACUAGGUUUCAUUCAAUGCACUUAAGUUUUAUACUAAAUGUCUGAGUUUUCUAGUC